CACAUGUGAUAUGGUCCAUGCUUGAAAAGUGUUUGAAAAUUGAAAAUGUUGAAUGGAUAUUUUGUUAAUUUGUAUUAUUGUAUUAUAAUAGAACAUAUAGUGCUUUAAAGUUUUGAAGAAAAAGUCCAUAAAUCUUACAAAAUGCAAGUAUCAGAAAUUGAUAAUGUUAAGAUUUAUAAUCUCAGUGCGGGAAAAUCAUUACCAGAUUGGUUAACAGAAAGAAAGAAACGAGCAAUAUUGAAAAAGAAUGUAGAUCUCCGACGAAGAAUUGAACUUAUUCAAGAGUUUGAUAUGCCAGGUGUGAGUACCAGCAUACGAGCUUCAAAAGAUGGACAGUAUAUUAUGGCUACUGGUAUUUAUAAGCCAAGGGUGAAAUGUUUUGAUGUCAACAAUUUAUCUAUGAAAUUCGAAAGAUGUUUAGAUUCAGAAGUUGUUACAUUUGAAAUACUUAGUGAAGAUUAUACAAAGAUAGUGUUUCUUCAAUGUGAUCGCUAUGUGGAGUUUCAUGUGGGACAUGGGAGACAUUACAGAUUGAGAGUGCCUCAUUUUGGUAGAGAUAUGACCUAUCAUCGCCCCUCUUGUGAUCUUGUUGUUGUUGGGGCUUCAAGUGAAGUGUACAGAUUAAAUUUAGAAUUAGGACAAUUUUUGGCUCCAUAUGUCACCAAGGCGAAUGAAAUUAAUUGUUGCAGUGUAAAUGAGGAACAUGGCUUAUUAGUAUUUGGUUCAGAAAGUGGUCAUGUUGAAGCAUGGGACCCUCGCACUAAAUCUAAACAAGGCGUGUUAGAUUGUGCUUUACACUGCUCAGAUGCUAAUUACAGAAACUCUACCAUGCCAUCUAUAACAGCUUUAAAAUUUAAUGGUGCAUUGCAAAUGGGUGUAGGGACUUCAUCAGGGCAUGUUUUGCUUUAUGAUAUAAGAUCCAGCAAACCAUUAUUAGUGAAAGACCAUAUGAAUGAAAUUCCUAUUAAAAAAAUUGAAUUCCACAAACAAAUGAAUUAUGUUUACUCAAUGGAUGCUAAUGUUGUUAAGAUAUGGGAUAAGAAUACAGGCAAACAGUAUACCAAUAUAGAGUCAUCUGUUGAUUUUAAUGAUCUCUGUGUAAUACCAAAUACAGGACUUUGCAUGAUGGCAGUUGAGGAUCAGAAAAUGCAAGUUUACUAUGUACCCUCAUUAGGACCUGCGCCAAAGUGGUGUGCUUUCUUAGAUAAUUUGACAGAAGAAAUGGAAAGCUCUGCAUCACAAACUGUAUAUGAUGACUAUAAGUUUGUCACUAAACAGGAGCUUGAAACUUUGGGCUUGGAUCAUCUUUUAGGAACAAAUCUUUUAAGAGCAUAUAUGCAUGGAUAUUUCGUCGAUGUGCGAUUGUAUAAACGAGCGAAAUCAAUUGCCGAUCCAUUUGCAUUUGAAGAGUAUAAGAAACGCAAAAUCAGGGAAAAGAUUGAACAAGAAAGACCUUCAAGACUUAAAGUGGACGAUAAUUUGCCGAAAGUCAACAGAGAGCUUGCAUCUCGUUUAUUGGAGAAUGGUGAUAAACCUAAAAAGAAACAGACUGGCAAUCUAUUGAAAGAUGACAGAUUUAAGGCAUUGUUUGAAAAUCCUGACUUUGAAGUGGACAAGGGUGCUGAAGAAUAUAGAUUAUUGAACCCAGUACUAUCUCGAUUGGAUAAAAGUAAACCCAAGCCUGAAGCUGAAGUGGAACGAAUGGAGGAUGAUGCUGAAGAAAAGGAUUCAGACGCAGAGUUCUAUGACACGAGUGGCGAAAGUUCGGACGAUGACAGAACGUGGGUGAAGGAAGUUAAGAAACAACAUAAAAUUAUAAGAAAUAAAAAACAACGCGACAACGACGAAGAAGAUGACGACACUAGAAAAGAGAAAGUCUACGAGUUUAGCAAUGCACCCAAAACAGUCAAUAUUAAGAGAGUAAUGCAAGUCAGUAAAAAGAGCUUGGGAGAACGAUUAAAUAAAGAAGGCUCCACUGUUGUAUCAGGGACUGGUGGUAAUAGAGAAAUGAAGUUCGUUAUGAGAGGCAAGAAACAUAUUUCAGAUAAUCAAAAGAAAAUGAAGAAACACUAUGAAGAGAGAAAACAAUUGGUGAGAAGAACAGGAUUUUUAAAGAAAAAGAAUCGAUCAUAGUAAAAAUAAAUGUUAUUAUAUUUUUGA